GGGGAAGGACUAUAUCAAGCCCUCUGGCAGGGAUCACUCUUACCUCAGCAGCAAGACAGGACAGACUGAAGCUGCACAUCACUGAGAAAAACAAUCACGUUUUAGGAUUCAGAACUUCCAUAAUUGCAGUAUGUACUUUAAUAUAGAAAGAACUACAACCAUGGCACAUAUUCUACUCCGUAUGGGGACGGACCCUUCUGAAUACAUCGAACAGACACAGGUUCACGUGAAGAACCCCCACUUGGACACCAUGGAGGAGGACAUCCUCUACCACUUCAGCCUGGGGACCAAGACACACAACCUGCCUGAGAUGUUUGGAGACAUCAAGUUUGUGUGUGUCGGUGGCAGUGCCAACCGCAUGAAGGCCUUCGCCCAGUUCAUCCACAACGAGUUGUCUCUGCCUGGAAGCACUGAUGACAUCAUUGAUAUCUGUGAGGGAACUGAUCGUUACUCCAUGUACAAAGUGGGACCGGUGCUCUCUAUCAGUCAUGGCAUGGGAGUCCCCUCCAUCUCCAUCAUGCUUCACGAGCUCAUCAAGCUCCUGCACCACGCGCGUUGCCGCGACCUCGUCCUCUUCAGGAUCGGCACGUCUGGAGGCAUCGGCGUGGCUCCAGGGACGGUGGUGAUCACAGACAAGGCCGUGGACCACUCCUUCCAGCCCCAGUUUGAGCAGGUGGUCCUGGGGAAGGUGAUCACCAGGAGCACGGUGCUGGAUGAGGGUGUGGCCAGCGAGCUCCUGCACUGCUCCUCUGAGCUCGACGACCUGCCCACGGUCAGAGGCAACACCCUGUGCACGGAUGACUUCUAUGAAGGUCAGGGCAGGCUGGACGGGGCGCUCUGUUCCUUCUCCCCCGAGGAGAAGCAGGAGUACCUGCAGACCGCCCACAAGGCCGGGGUCAGGAACAUAGAGAUGGAGUCCACCGUGUUCGCAGCCAUGUGCAGAGUCUGUGGCAUCAAAGCUGCUGUGGUCUGUGUGACUCUGCUGAACCGCUUUGAUGGAGACCAGAUCUCCACGCCUCACCAUGUCCUGCUGGAGUACCAGCAAAGACCUCAGACUCUCGUCUCACACUUCAUCAAGAAGCGCCUGGGAUACAUCCUUUAAGAUCCUCACACCCCAGACGCCUACAGCCCCAAACCUUGAUGUGGACUUGUAAAUAGUCAUGUGAAUAUGUAACACUUAUUUAAAGAGAAUUUGAAGCUUCUUUAGAAAAUAUGUGGGUUUUUACAGAUGUUGACUUAGUUGGAAGUUCUGUUAUUGAUAAAAGGUAUUUUUACUUUUGUUAUCUGUGAGUAAAUGUGUAUGCUGUUGUAUAUCGCUUUGUUACUUUGCUACUUGUGCCACUUUGGAAGUGAAUAAAAGUUUUGAAAAUAAAA